UAAGGAGGAGAGACUUGACGUGUUGAGACUUGACGUGUUAAGAAAGGUUUACUCACCCCUUUUAAUCCAUAAAGAAGGAACACAAGAAUGGAACAAACUUAUUGAAUCUGGGAAAGUUUGGGAAGACUGCUUUCGUCCAUUUGAGUGGCGCGCACAAGAUUACUUAAUUGAUGGCCUCAAAACCUCCGCAAAAAUUUCAUCUGUGGACAUUCUAAAAAGGCUGACUGUAAAUUUUGCACAACAUAACAUGCCAUUACCUGCACCGAGUUCUCUUUCUGACAAACCGGAAAAUGAAGUUAUCAAAAUUCGAAACCAUCUACUCGUAAACUACUUUCUUUAUAAUACUUUUUAUGAAUCAGUGCAUGAAAUUGGCCUUGACGAUAUCAAGAUGAUCCAUCGCAUUAUGUUAAAAGACACACCUCUGGAGAGAGCUAAAUUGAGUGAGGGUUACCAACACGUAGGAGAGUUCCGUAAAGUGGAAGUAGAGGCACGUGGUUCGAUAUACACCGUUUAUCCA